AUGAGUUGUAACGCCCCUUUGUUAUCCCCCAGACACCGCAAUUUCAUACCCAUCUCCCCCCGCCCUCCUGUACGCCCCCAUCCACUGCGAAUCUUUCGCUUCAAUCCAUUCCCCGCCACCAGCCAUGCCGCUCGAGCACCAGGAGAUCGACCCGAACGUCGACUUUCCGGCGCUGGCCCGGUGCCUGUUCGAGUCGUAUGAGGACCCGCCGCAGAAAUUCUUCCACGUCUUCUUCCCGAUCCACGGACAGGGGGCCGCGGCGCGCGAGGCGGCUAUCGAGGAGGCAGCCACGCGGCUACGGGCCUGGCACGCCGGCGACCCUUCGAGCCGCUGGAACAAGGUCGUCGACACGGCGACGGGCCGGCUCGCCGGCGCCGCGCUCUGGAACGUCCACCACGAGAACCCGUUCGCCGCCCCCCACCCCUCCGACGUCACCUGGUUCCCCGCGGGCGGCGCGCGGGCUUUCGUCGAGCAGGCGCUGGCGAACCACAGCCGGCCGCGGGCCCGGGCCGCCCAGCGCGCCCACGUCUAUCUCUUCAUCAUCUUCGCGCACCCGGACUACCGGCGCCGCGGCGUCGGGCAGCAGCUGUUGGACUGGGGCCUGCGCGAAGCCGACGCAGCCGGCCUCGAGGUCUUCCUCGACUCGACCCCGUACGGUCGCCCCCUGUACGAGGCGAACGGGUUCGUCUACAUCGAGGAGAACAUCAACGUGCCCGCCACCGACGCCCCCGAUCAGGCCUGGACCGACGUCGCCGAGAAAGUCCAGCCGUUCACCUUCUGGCUGAUGUGGCGGCCGGCCGGCGGCAAGUACGAAGAGGGAAAGACGGUGAAGCCGUGGGAGCAGAGCGAAGGGUGACGCAAAAUGUGUCCCGGGUCUGGCCCGAAGGGAUAAUAACUGUAGACGGCGAUCGUUUUCAACCUUCACCGCCAUCGAGUAGGCACAUAUUGGGAGAGUUAGGGUUAUUACACAGCUUCCCACGAAGCCUACUCGAAAUUGUAUUCUCACCAUCCUAAAUAACUGUGCACUUUCCCGUAUGGCAU